AGGAAGAGGGCGGUGCACUGGAGUGUCACCGCACUGCUAAUUUUAUCUCUCUCUCUCUUUCUCACCAUCACCCUGUCCCAACAUGUCCAGUCUGGAGCUGUGUGCAGCCAGCGAACAGCCUCGCCAGGAAAUCUGAGCCUUUGCACGGAGCAGGUCUGAAAAGUUUUCGAGUCCAGCGGAGAAGAGAAGGUUUUGCUGCGAGUCGGGAUGCCAGGGGUGAGGCGGCUGCUGGUGCCUGCCCUCCUGGGCUGCUGGUCAGUCUCCUGGUUGGUUUCCCUCCGCUUGCCGCUGGUGGGAGCUCAGCGGGGGCGAGGCGAGGGACGCUGGGGCCAGGUGAUUCAGUGGGAGAACAACGGCCGGGUCUACAGCCUCCUCAACAGCGGCUCGGAGUACAUCCCCGCCGGGCAGGACCCGCCCCAGAGCAACCCCAGAGUGUGGCUGGGAGGAGGCUCCAGCAGCAGCCCCAGCAGACACCUUCGCCCAGGGGGCACUGGACGCCGCCAGGCGCCAUCCCAGCCGGUCAGAGUGGGCUCAGAGACAGUGAGGGGUCAGACGAGGCACCCUUUUGGUUUUGGGCAAGUCCCAGACAACUGGAGGCAAGGAACCUUUGGAGACCCCAGCAACACCCACAGGUAUCUCCCGGCCUCCCCUAGGCAGGAUACCAGGUCAAGGCAGUAUCAGUCCAGCUCCUUCUCAGAACCUUCUUUCGCCCAGCCACCAUAUCCAAGUUUCCCUGCUGCCCAGCCACCUUACCCCAACUCUUAUGAGCCCAGCUACGAAUAUGGUUCACCACGGGGCUUCGAUGCUGUGGAUGAGAGUGUUCCUUCUCGCAGGGUGCCUGGGAGCUUACCUUUGGAAGGUAGGGGGUACCCCUAUCAGCCCAGGACAAGAUACGAUGAGUAUGGAGAAAAUGUCUACCCUUACCGAGCCCAGAGCCAAUUUCCCAUUCAGGAGAGGUACAACGUCCCCCAGCAACCUUCUGCUUUUGACGGACUUGACAGAAGAUACAUGCACAGUCUGUACGAUGAGAGCAGGGGACAGCUGCUCCCGGCGGGAGAGACUCCAUCAUCCCUUUCACCGUCUGGCACUGGUGGAAACCCUGCCCUUCAGUCCCCAGGCCCGUCCUCAGAGGUUGGCCAGUUAGGCCCACGAGUGAGUUCUGAAGGCGCUGGCACUGGGUUCCACCCAUUCAGCCGCAAUGUCCCAGUAGAUCCAUACCCCUCAUCCCGCUACGUGGAACCGAACGCCCCUGCCACCAAUUUGGAACAAUACGCACUUCGGCGAGUGGAUCCCAAUGGUGGGACUGAACAACUGAGGCGCCAUGUUCCUUUACCACGUAUGGCCCUGGGGAGUGUAUAUAGACCAGACCAAACUGGCAGAGGUUUGCCUGACUUGGUGCCAGACCCAUAUUAUGUCCAAGCCUCCACCUACGUGCAGAGGUCCCACUUGUAUUCCUUACGGUGUGCAGCAGAGGAGAAGUGUCUGGCGAGCUCUGCGUAUACUUCUGAGGCCACAGAUUAUGACAUCAGGGUCCUGCUGCGGUUUCCUCAGAGAGUAAAGAACCAAGGGGUCGCUGACUUCCUCCCGAACAGACCUCGGCACACUUGGGAAUGGCACAGCUGUCACCAGCACUACCACAGUAUGGAUGAGUUCAGUCACUAUGACCUGUUGGAUGCAGCUACUGGACGGAAGGUAGCUGACGGACACAAGGCUAGUUUCUGCCUGGAGGACACGACAUGUGACUUUGGUCACCUGAAGCGUUAUGCCUGUACAGCACACACCCAGGGUCUGAGUCCUGGUUGCUACGAUACCUACAAUGCGGAUAUAGAUUGCCAGUGGAUUGAUAUCACUGACGUCCAGCCAGGGAAAUUCAUACUGAAGCUUCAAGUGAACCCCAACUAUCUUAUACAGGAAUCAGAUUUCACAAACAACGUUAUCAGAUGCAACAUUCACUAUACGGGGCGAUAUGUUGCCACGACGAAUUGUAAAAUCACACAGUCAUGAUCUACAAGUUUUGAAUUGCAAACGCUGCAUAUCCUGAGCAAACAUCUGGCGCGUUGUGGAACUUGAUCGGACAGCAGCUGUGAUGUUUGGUAGCUGCCAUCAGGAGUUAACGGGAGUUCAGUCAGAAACAGCGAAUCAGCCUGUAGAGCUGUGGGAAAUGAGCCAACAACUGCAGACAGACCUUUACAUGGACUAGGCCCCAGAUUAUUGCCAGCGAGGUUGUGUGGGCAUCUGAAACAAGUUUCCAUUAUAAUUAGCAAAAGAAUUGCCUUAAGUUUCACUUUUGAGGGCGUAAGAGGUAGGAACAGGAAUCGGUCAUAAGGCCCCUCAAGCCUGCUCCAUCAUUCGGUAAGAUCACAGCAGAGCUUCUACAUCAACUCCACUUUCUCGCCCAAUCUCUUGAUUUCCUUCUUGUGUCCUAACAUCUGUCAAGAUCGGUCUUGGUUAUAUUGAAGGAGUCAACAUUCUCCGUCCUCUGCAGUUGAGAAACCCAAAGAUUCACAACUACCUGAGUGGAGAAAUUUCUUCUCACUUCAGUCCUAGACGGCUCACCCUUAUUCUGAGAUUAUUCACCCCCCCCCGCCCCGCUAAUUUUAGACUUUCCAGCCAGGGGGCAUAACAGGCACUCUGCAUUCACCCUGUCGACCCAUCUAAUAAUUUUAUACCGUUUCAAUGCGAUCACCUCUCAUUCUAAACUCCAGGGAAUAUAGGCUCAGUCUACUCUUGUGUGUCUCUACUUCCAUCCUUGACACUCAAUAGGGGAGCAGUCCAUCAUAGGAUCCUGCUUAUAUGUCCUUGAUGGUAGAAAAAGCAAAUUUCUGUCACUUAUAGGAAAAAUUAAACGUGUUUAGUUAAUGGGAUUCUUCUCUCACCUAGCCUUUAAAAGCAACAUGGACUCAAGGGACUGAAUGGCUUUCUCCUGUUCCUAUGUCCAAUGUCCUUCUGCACACUCAAUAUUAACCUGUCCUUUCUUUUCACAGACGCCGACUGACUUACUAUGUUUUGAGCAUUUUCUAUUUUUAUUUCAGAUCUCCAUUCUUUUUAAUUGUACGCUUGUUCCUAAGUAAGAACAAAAAAAAAAGCCAAAUGUUGGAAAUCUUAAAAGAAAAAUCCCGAAUUGCUGGAAAUACUCAAUGGGUCAGCCAAAAUCUGUACAGAGAAAAGAUAGUUUAUGAUAUUUCUGGUGUGUAGCCCUUCAUCAGAACUGCAAUUAUAAUAAAAUUGGGUAAAAUGUGACAGAGAGGAAAACAAGUGUGGCGGAUGGGAUGUGGUGGUUCGAGGGUUAAGCGAUAUAUCAAUCACAGCUUUCAUCUCUGAACACUAUUGUUUUAAACCUUCACGUUGUUCCUCUCAGUUACUUAUACACCAUUAUGUAUAUUUUCAGUGUUAAAAUCUGAAUUCAUCUCUGUGCCCCUUACUGUAACUCACUCAUUUACUGGAUGCAGGAACUCUGGGACUCGCUUCGCUGAUAACUAAUUUCCUCCCACAAAAUACACAUUUGCUGUGGCCAGACCAUUGCCUCUUGACGCUCUCUUUUACACAACAGCUUGUGCCUCUAUCGCGCCGUUAACUUAGUAAAAUGUUCCGAGGGUCUUCGACGGAGCGAUUAUCAAACUAACUCUGCACCGAGUGACAUCAAAGAGAUUUUGAGGUAGGUGAUUGAAAGCUUGGCUGAAGUGUUAGAUACUAAGGAGGAUCUUAAAGGAGGAGAGGGGGAGGUCUUGUGCUGCAGUGGUUAGUUUCCCUGCCUCUGAGCCAGCAGAUCGAGGUUCACAUCCCACCUCAGGUCCUGAUGGUCCAGGGAGGUGCAUUCAUAAUGUGACCAAACAAGUUGAUAAUGGCCAGUAAAUUUUUCCAACACACACCAAUAGCACGGGAGAAGAGCGGGAGAGAUUCCUGAUCAGCCAUGUGAUGGAAAGAGCAGUGGAGCCUCUACCAUCACUAUCCAGAGCUCUGGACUGCAACAUGUGUGUAAAAGUGCAAGUUGCCACAGAAACAUGGACUCCAGGUAAUCUGUCACACACCACCUAAAGGAGGAGAGAGAGAUUUGGGGAGGGGGGAGAAAUCUAGAACUUGGGGCCUAGACAGCUGAAAGAAUGUUUUUAGACUAAAUAUUAAUGUAUUCCUGAUUAUAUGAAGUUUUUGCCUUUUCAAAAAAAAAACAUUACCUAAUAUUUCAAGCAGCAUUGAAUAAGCUCCUUUUAUCCACAUCUUGGAUUAUGGAUCUUGGCUAGUAACCUAAGUUUGUCCAAUAUUUUUCUCAAGGAAAGAGUUCCAUCACUCUCAUUCACAGCCAUAAACGUAAGUGCAGUACUUACCAAAUGAACACUUUCAAAUUCAGUAUUGAUGUCAUGUAACCUACUAAAGCUGUUUAACCUCGUGGAUUCAAACUCUCCAUGGACACAAUGUAAUAUGUGCUUGAAUAAAUCUCUUUAGAGAGUUCCUUAACCUAGCUGCGCAGCGUUUCCUGUUCCAAACCUGCACUGACUUUGACGUGAUUAUUUCCAAGUCAAGCCAAUUUCAUAGCAAUCUGCCAAGGAAAUGUACUUUGUUAAAUCAUUCCAGGGAGACAGUGAUGGCUCAUUACCAAAACUGACCUGGAAUUGACAAGGUCAGCAGGGGGGAAAUACAUGACUUUGCAUUUCUCCAGUGAGGUUUGAGGCGCAGUUCAGCGAAACAUACCCUCUCAACCUUAUGAUUGAUAUCAGUCCACGGCCCAGGUUAAAAUCUGCUUUUCCAUUUCAGAACCAUUAUGUUUUCUACUGAUUAUAUACCAAAGAAAGUUCAAAGUUGGGUCAUUUUAAGUUUGGAACAUUUAUGCUCACAAUGCUUUUAAAGACUCUUAAUUUGCAGUGUAUUCCUGAUGAUUUGAAGGUGUUUUGCAUUAAAAAUACUGAAUUAUCUAAUAUUUCAAGAAACUUUGACUUAAGAGGAAUAGAAAGAAAGAACUUGCAUUUAUAAAGGACCAUUUGUGAUCUCAGAUGUCCCAAAGUGCCUUACCAGCCCAUUAAGCACUUUUGAAGUGUACUGUUGUAAUGUGGAAACUGCAGCUGGCAAUUUGUAACCACAAGCCCCCAUAAAAAGCAAAGUGAUAGUGGCCAGAUUAUCUGUUUGGAAAAAAAAAACCCAGAAAAUGUUGGAAAUACUCAGCAGGUCUGGCAACAUCUGAGGGGAGAGAAACCGAGUUAAUAUUUUAAGUUUGUGACCUUUUAUCAGAACUGAGAAAAGUUAGAAAUGUAAUAGGUUUUUAAGCAAGUGAAUGAGUGGCGGGGCAGUGGGGGGAACAAAGAACAAAAGGGGAAAGUCUGUGAUAGAGGGGAUGGCAGGAGAGAUUAAAUGACCAACGGGUUCAUGGUGCAAGGCCAGCCCAGAAGGAAAAAACAGUUCGGACCAGUAACUUCCCAGUUUUACUGGUGUUUCCAUUUUAAGAUGUACAAGACCAGUUUGGACCAGUGUUCCUAUUUCCCAGCUUUCACUGUUUUUUCUUUCUGGGCAUAGGAAGUGGUAAUGGGACAAGUUUAAAAAAAAUUGUUCAGAGGUGGUGUGAAUGGCAGGAUCCUGAAUAGUUGCAGUCUGAAAGCUGAGGAAAGGAAAUAAGAGAGACGCAAGAUUAAAAUAAAACAAAGAGAAAGGAAACAAAAUGGGGGCAAAGGUUAAGAUCUAAAAUUGUUGAAAUCAGUGUUGAGUCCAGAAGGCUGUAGUAUGCCCAGUAGAAAGAUUAAGUGGUGUUCCUUGAGCUUCAUUAGACAAUCUGUUUUUGUAAUCUUGAUUGAGGGAUAAAUAUUGCCCAGGGCACUGGGAAGAAUAAGCUGCUCUUCUUCCAAUAGUGCUUAGAGAUGUUUACGUCCACCUGGGGGUGGGGGGUGGACUUAGCAUUGGUUUAUUAUCUCAUCCAAAAGGCAUUUGACUGUGAGAUAGAAAAUGUCACCAAAUCGGUUUCUGCCCUGUGAAGGUAAUGGGAGAGAAGAAUGGCUCACAUUAUUCCUGGGUCUCAGGAUGAACUAGAGACAGUUUAUUGCUGAAAAAGGAGAAAUGUUAUCAAGAUAGCUCGCAAGAAAUGACCAAACUGUAAUGGGGGGAACGACAAUUUAAAUUUAAAGUAGAAAUUGUUGCUCCCCCGUUUACAGUUUGGUCAUUUCUUGCGAGUAUCCUAAUGAGUGUGAGACAAAAAGCUACGACAGCAUUUCUCUUUUUUCAGCAAUACUCAAGUUCUGUGCUACUAAACGACUAUUGGAGACACUUUACAAGUCAAGGUAAUGGGAAUACGAUAGACUUUUUUGCAGUUGUCUAAAUUUCAGUUUAAUGGAAAGCUUCAGAUGGGUCCUUCAGGGCAGAGUAUAUAAGGCUUUGAUCGUGCUAAUUUCGCUCUUAACCCCUCUCUCUUGUGAAAGUCCAAACAUCUCUGUCGACUUUCUUCAGGGUUGUUGGCAGGCUAACCUCUGGGUUAAGGGUGUCGAGUAGCUGUGGGGAACCUCCUGAACUGCAGGAUUGUAUUUUAACCCCACUCAGCGAGUGCAGGAGAACCACUUUGUGAAGCUCUUUCGUGCCCUUGCCUGCUCUUUGCAUCAAAACCUGCGCAGUACACUUUCCGAUUUUUGCUUCCAACGGAAUAUGUUAAUCGUUGUGUACGUUUCUGUAAAUAACUCAACUGUAGUUAAAAAGAAACUCUUUGCUACUGACAUAAGAAAAUAAUGAUUUACUGCGUACCAAAAGUAACUGAAUGAAAUAAUGUUUGUGGGGAGCAAUUGAACUAUUUGUUUCUCGUAGAAUAAUAGCAUGAAGCAAUCGGCUGGACACAAUUGUGCAUGGAGUUGAUUUGUGCUUUUAUUCCAAGCCCUCGGGAACCAACAACUGGAAAACCUGGCAACAAACCUAACCCUACUGAAUGGACUGCCUUUUAACUGAACCAAAGUGAUUAUUUGAGAUUAAUGACGUUGCACUCAGAGGCCCUGUCUGGUAACUAUGUGUAGGCACCAAAUAAAUUUCAGAAAUAUUUCAAAGGAAAUAGAUAAUUUUGCUGAACUUCUGUAGGUUGGAUGUAUAGUUACAAUAUUAAUAAAAAUAAAGGAAAAUUCCAUGGAAGUUUUGGUUUGAAACCA